AUGCAGUUGUGGAAUACUGUCCUCCAGCUCAGUUUGCUGGCCUUUACUGCCGCCCCGACCGCAGCGGCAUCUGCGUGGGGGUUUACUGAUGCCACCGUGUCAGUUCAAACCAAGGGAGCUGGGGUCGGUUCUGGAUUGAAGGAAAAUAUUCCUGACAACAAGGCCCUCACCAAGCCCGUCUCCCUCGGAAGUGCCGACACCUUGAAGGUGACUCUCACAGCCCGCGAAGGCAGCUCUGGAAAACGCGCGCACCAGGUUUUCCUCCUCCUCCAAGACCCGGAGACUGGACUCGACAUCUCUUAUCCCUUUAAUGUGAAGGAGAAUGGCAAAUCGAAGGUUGAGUUGACUCAAAAGGACCUCCCUAUUCAAUUCCUCUCCUUGGUUGAGCCACUUGACGCAAAGCUCUUGAUCGGGUCUUUUGGCAGCGCGGAGGCCUACAAUGGCGCUGCGUUCAAGCUGGCCGUUACCCGGAACCCCGAUCAGCCAGUCCCAACUGUUGAGGUCUCGAGAUACGGAAAGCUUCCUGAGAUCCACCACAUCUUCAAGGAGGAUCCCCGAAGCCCGCCGAUUGUCAUCACCCUUGCGUUUGUGGCGAUGGUGCUUGGCACACUUCCCGUUCUUGCUGGUGUGUGGCUAUUCCUCGGCGCCAACGUUUGCCACCUCCCUAAGGCUUUGAAGGCAUCCCCCAUUUCUCAUAGUGUCUUCCUCGGCUCUCUUCUCUCGAUCGAAGGGAUAUUCUUCCUGUACUACCAGUCCUGGACACUCUUCCAGAUCCUUCCUGCGGUCGCCGUGGCUGGCACGGUCGCAUUCAUCAGUGGCAGUCGCGCCUUGGUUUCAUUCAAUUCAAACAUCGCCAAAAGCUCUCUCCGGUUUCUCCACGCUUCAAACAUUGACAUUGCCGAUUCCCACCCCGCACGCGCUAGCCAUUGCGGUAUUCGGGAUCCAUCCAUGGGUUCAUCAUCUUCGAAACCCGUGAGAUCUGCCGCGCAGGCAGUCUCACGGCGCCAAUACCCUAAACAACCGUCCACUUUGCCAUCAACACCAUCGAAGCCUCCGUCUCCCGGGCCUGCUUCAGCGCCCCGUCCGCCAAAGGAACAGGAAACAAAGACCCGUGCUCCCACGGGCCCAACAUAUCAUUCCAAAGAACAGCCUUCUCUUACGAAAUCAAACGCAAUCGACCUUGACGGCCGAGAUCCCGAUUUCGCUGCCACCCUCCGCGGAAUCGGCCCCGUUAGCCCAGCCCCGACCCUAUCCAAUUCCAGCACAUUCGCCUCCGGAGCUCAACGCGGGGACUCCGUACAAACCGUCUUUCCCCGGGCGGCAAACCCGGCGUUGCUGGUGGUCACCGCGCGCCAGAAGAUUGCUAAGGCAGCAGAACGAGAGGUGGAAUUAGUCGGACGACCGGGUUUUACGGGACGGGAGUAUCUGGAUGCGUUGACGAUCCGACAGGCGCUCUCGAUGCGGGAUCGGCAGGGUAUGCCAUCUGGGGAGAUUGAGAGGCUCUUGCGGUUGAAGAAGGGGGUUGUGGAUCGGUUGGGGAAGAAGGGAGUUGUUUCGGAGGUUGGUUGA